AUGGGUGCUAGGUGCCACGACAGCUCUGUCAACCUAAAGCCCUGGGAGAUUAAUAUAACUACUCCCAUUUCACAGAUGAGGAACCAAGCUAGCAGUCUUUCCAAGAGUGUUGCAAAGGCCCAGACCCCCUUUCUUGUUCAGAUGCACUUUGACUCUCUGAAGAUCGUCUGUGUGAAUGAAACUCCAGGUCUGCUGGCACGGGGUGGGUCCGGAGAGCGUGCGUGGCGGUGUCCACGCGCGGCUGCGUGCCUCAGACCGCGUCACUCCACGGACUUUUCGGAGACUUUCGUCCGGACCCUAUUUGUCAGCGGUCUUCCUCUGGAUAUCAAACCUCGGGAGCUCUAUCUGCUUUUCAGACCAUUUAAGGGCUAUGAGGGUUCUCUUAUAAAGCUCACAUCUAAACAGCCCGUAGGUUUUGUCAGUUUUGACAGUCGCUCUGAAGCAGAAGCUGCAAAGAAUGCUUUGAAUGGCAUCCGCUUCGAUCCUGAAAUUCCGCAAACACUACGACUAGAGUUUGCUAAGGCAAACACGAAGAUGGCCAAGAACAAACUAGUAGGGACUCCAAACCCCAGUACUCCUCUGCCUAACACUGUACCUCAGUUCAUUGCCAGAGAGCCAUGUAAGUUGAUCUACUUUUCAUUUUUUUAAGAGAAAGAAUUGUUCAUGUACUGCAUGUGAGAUUACACUACAGGAUAUAGAGCUGACUGA